AAAUUCCUUCCUUCUAGGGUUUUGUAUUUUCAUUUCCACCUAUUUUCUUUGGAGCCACCGGCACACAGAGAGCCGGAAGGAGAGCGAAAAUGCCAGCGGGUCAUGGUCUUCGUUCGCGAACUCGCGAUUUGUUCUCAAGACCCUUCAGGAAGAAGGGUUACAUUCCCUUGACUGUCUAUCUCAGGACCUACAAGAUCGGUGAUUAUGUCGAUGUCAAGGUAAAUGGCGCCGUCCACAAGGGUAUGCCUCACAAAUUCUACCAUGGCCGCACCGGUCGUGUCUGGAAUGUCACCAAGCGUGCCGUUGGCGUUGAGGUCAACAAGCAGGUGGGUGGCAGAAUCAUAAAAAAGAGGAUCCAUGUUCGGGUGGAACAUUUGCAGCCUUCAAGGUGCACAGAGGAAUUCCGUCUAAGGAAGAAGAAGAACGACGAAUUGAAGGCACAGGCGAAGGCAAGAGGUGAGGUCAUUAGCACAAAGAGGCAGCCAGAAGGCCCUAAACCCGGUUUCAUGGUUGAGGGUGCACAAUUGGAAACUGUUACACCCAUUCCUUACGAUGUUGUUAACGAUCUCAAGGGUGGUUAUUAAUUAUUUCUAGGUUUUGUUCAUGCUGUUUGUAUUGUGUUGCAAACUUUUGUUGAUUGGAUUAAGCUUAUUCACAUGAGUCUUUAAGUACUGUCAGUUUUGAAGAGGUAUUUUGAGAUUUUUGCAUGAUGCAUGGUGUAUUUCAUUUCCUCAUUUAGAUAUAAUGGAUGCUUUUCUGUUAAAAUUUAUACAUUUCCUUUCAAGUGGA